CACAGCCUCGUGCAGUUGUUUGGUACAGUUGGCACAAUUUGGAAGUGGGAGGGGGCUAGAAAAAGUUCUGGAUCACAUGUUUUUUUUGUUUGUUUUUUUCUAAUAUGGCUGGGCAGCCUGUGAGUGAGCACGCAACACUGUUGGUACACAUUGCUGUGCAUUGUUCCCAUGCUUGAGUAAGCUGUUGACUAGGCUCUUCUGGAAAAAGCCUUGAUUUUGUGAGUCCCUAAUGGGUCACUGUUGGCUAAGCUAUCUGGAUGGAUAUUGUAAAGAAUGGAAAUAUGACAGGUGUGUGAGAAUUACCACUCGUGGAGGAUUUCUUCUUGCUCAGUAUAGAUUGCUGUUUUUAUGAUUUUUUUUUUUCCAAUUAUCUGCGUUAAACAAAAAUGUUCUAGUUUCUCCUUAAAUCUUCCUUUGGAUUUCUGCAACCAACUUUGGCCGUGACUUUAAUGCCUUAUUUGGAAAUCAGGAAGAAUAAGGAUGGCCAGACGCGGGAGCAGGACUACUCUUCUGAAAGCCAUUACAGAAUUGUUUCACCAACAUUCCAGUAUAAGAUGAGCCACCGGCGAGUGGGAAAGUGCAUCAUCAUCAAUAACAAAAACUUUGAUGAAAAGACGGGGAUGAAUGUACGCAACGGCACGGAUCGAGACGCAGGCGAGCUUUACAAGUGCUUCAAGAACCUGGGCUUUGAUGUCAUUCUUUACAACGAUCAGACAUGUGAGAAGAUGGAGCGUCUUCUCCGAGAGGCCUCGGAAGAAGACCACAGUGACAGCUCGUGUUUCGCCUGCAUCCUGCUGAGCCACGGCGAGGAAGGAAUGAUCUACGGCACAGACGGAGCCAUGCCCAUCAAAACGAUGACCUCGCUGUUCAGGGGGGACAAGUGCAAAAGCUUAGUGGGAAAGCCAAAACUCUUCUUCAUCCAGGUCAUCGAUGAGAAAACUACUCAGGAUCACAAUGAAAUGUCAUUUCAUUUACUUCACCAGGCUUGUAGGGGUUCAGAAUUUGAUGAUGGUAUACAGACAGAUUCAGGUCCACCAAAUGAUGCCCUGGAGACAGAUGCAAAUCCAAGACAUAAGAUCCCCGUAGAGGCUGAUUUCCUCUUUGCCUACUCCACUGUACCAGGAUAUUACUCAUGGAGGAAUCCUGGGCGUGGCUCCUGGUUUGUACAGGCGCUCUGCAACGUCCUGAACGAGUUUGGAAAACAGCUGGAGAUAAUGCAGAUCCUGACACGGGUCAAUUACAUGGUGGCCACCAGCUUUGAGUCCUGGUCUGAAGACCGCCGCUUCAGUGAGAAGAAGCAGAUUCCCUGUGUGGUCUCUAUGCUGACAAAAGAACUGUAUUUCAACUGACUGCCGAUCCACCUGACUGUACUGUAAUGGUGACACAGACUGACCGACUGACUAACUAGACUGACUAGACUAGACUGUUUCAGGUACUGAUUAAGCAGUCAAAGCAUUCAGGGAUGAUUCAGGCCUGGCAGGACGCUUCAUAUUUCAUGCACAUAUGACAUUUUGCAUGUGGACUUGGGGCCGAAAAGCACUACAUGAGAAACAAAAACAUUACAGUGGCACAUGGCGUUCAUGUGUUGAUAGUGAAACUUCUUCCUCUUCUUCACAUUCUUCCACUUCUUCAGAAUAAUGGUGUCACAUUUGAUCUGAUCUUCGUUGACAGGCGUUGUGAAAUAUCCAUGUUAUUCUACCAGCCCAGAAAAUUUGCUGCCAGGUUUUGUGGGUUUAUAGAAUCGUCUAUACGUCACACCAUUUCCAGCAUUUGCAGUAGAUGUUUGAAGGGACUGAACCCUAUGAACACGGGCAAGCAAGGAUGGGCAAAAGUUGGCUUUUGGUAUUAUACGACUCCCAGUGGAAAGACAUUUUGUCAUUUUGACUGAUCUAAUAUGAUUUGAAAAACUAAAUUAAGCCCCUUUUAAGAUUCAUUAGGCAGUUUAUAGAAAUCUUCAGUAGGAAACUGAAAUGAGUGAUUACUAGAACUUUGAUUGCUGUAGGAGUGUUGAGGGACCUGCCUUCAUUACAGACCCUGUGCAAUGAAUUGUUAAAGAGAAAAAUGCCUUUUAAAAUGACUUAGAUCAUUUUCAGCUACCUGUAUUUUAAAGUUUCUACUGUCAAUUGUCAGAAAAAGAGACAAAAGAAAAGACAAACAGAUCAGAAACAUGUCAACCCUCUUGCCAAAGGCUUCUUGUCUCAGCCUUCCUAGCAAGUUUUAGUUUGUAGCAGAAAGCUGGUAUCCUCAGGUUCUUUAAUGUCCACGAAGUGGGUAAAUGUCAUGUUAAUUUCAUAUCCAUAGUGGUUAGGAAGAUGUGAUUGUUUGCUGUGUAAUGAUUAGUUCAGUGAGGUUUUGGGUCAAGUGCAUAGCAUAGAGUCCGCCCUAUUUAAACUCAAAUAAGUUAAUCUAUGCACCAUUAUGCAGUCAAAAAACUGUAAUGGAUUCUGCUUGUUAUCUUUAGAGUUCUUCUUCAAUAUUUUUACUAAAGAAUGAAAUAAAUGCUGUAUGAUUAUAACACUAGAUAGACAAAAGAAUGUCCAAAGCUGUGUUGUAAAUUUGUAAAUAUCAUAGUCUUAACUUGAACUCAGGUUAAGACUAUGUGCCUUAAGCACAAAUGCCAAAUCAUUUUACUCAGUACAUUUAUGUUCUCUGCUUAUACACUACACAGUAGUAAACUAUCAGUCUCAUACCAAAUCUCUUUUAUUCAUUUUUUUAAACUGUUGCUAUGCUUUCCUUAUGCAAUUAGGACAUAUAACCACCACAAGAGCUCAUGACCAAGACACCAAAGACCCUAAACUCCCCCAGUUAGGGUAUUAACUUGUCCCAGACCUGAAGUGGGCUCUGUACCAUUUAAAAGCAUGGCCUCUGACUUAGAGGGGCUGAUUCUCAUUCCCAUCACUUCACACUUGAGGGGUCGAGUGUGAAGUGAUAGGUCACUCUACGGGUCGCUCUGCAUUCCUGCCCUUAAAGAUAGGUGGAGUAGAGCCACCACCUCUUCAUAUAGCAAGGAACCAGUUGCCCGGGGCAAACCCAGGACUCUGGGGAGAUUACAUCUCUUGGCUGGUUUGGGAACAACUUCGUGUCUCCCAGAUGAGCUGGAAGAGGUGGUGGGAUGAGGGAAGCCUGGGUUUUCUGCUUAGAAUGCUACCCCUGCAAUCUGAACUCUGAUAGGCGGCAGAGAAUGGAUGGAUGGUACAGACAAAUUUCUAAACAAUUUAAUGAAUUAAUUAAUUUGUUUCAACUUAAACAAAGUUUGUUUCUGCAGAUAAUGUGUUAUUGAGUGUUUUUAAUUACAAAGGCAGCUAUUACUGACAUUCUGAACAUACACACUCCACAUGUCCACAAUCUCGCUUUUUCUAAAAGGUUUUUACCAUAAUUCAUAUAACUGCAUGUCUCAGUACCUUAGAGGGGGAAGUUCAGCAGUUGGUUUCAUUUUGUUUUAGCUUUUUUAUGCUUUUUUAAUUAAAUAAAUAUAUUUUAUUAUUAUUUUUUUUUUAAUCAGGAUGGUAUUCCCCAUCCGUGUCCAUUGUACCCACAAGUGUUAAAUCUUCUCAACACAUGGAUCUGUGAUGAGCGAUGUAGUGCCUAACCUGUGCCAAAAGGAGUUUUUGCUCCGCUUAUUGUGGAAUGGAGUUGAAAAAGGGGGAAAAUGUGUUUAGGGGUAGAAAUUUUAAAUGCUUUCAGGUUUUAAAUGCUGUUGUCCUCAGGAAUAUAUUUGAAAAGAUUUGGGAAAAUGAAUGACUGAAUUCAUGAUUUAUUUCUUUUUUAUUUGGGGCAAUACAUUAUUUAAACAACUUCAAAAUAAAGAAAUGCUCAUGUAAACAGUUCAUUGUAUUAAACUUACACACUUUAUAAUGUAGUGAAGUCUGUAUCAUUUGUCUUGCACAUUUGUAAACAGACCCCAUUGAAAACAUUGUUUUUUGGUAGGAUGGUGCUUACAUACAUACAAACAUAUUAUGAAGUCACUGGGUAUUUUUAAAUGUUUCCAUGUGUUUCACUCAGUGCUCACCUAAAAUUUGUACUUGUAUUGGUAAAAACAUUCCAGGAUCAGAAUGGAUAUUAAAGUUUUUAAAAACA